UCGCCGACGCCUGAGAGAGCGUCUCUCGGUGAUAUCGACAGUUGAAUACGAGUAAUUAGUCGCGAAUUUGUCGCCGAAGUCUCCGAGACGUUUCGGUCGUUUCGUGAAUUCAGAAACUCGCCGACUUCUUGAGGUCGUCAGGAUUGAGAGAGAUCGCCCAAUGGUCGCGAUUAAUUAACAGCCGUUGCCUUGGAGUUGGCACAAAUGUAUUGUUUGUUAAUGUCGAAGAUAGAUUCGCAAUUGAAGGUGUCAUGUGCGCGUGCACUAUCGCGGAUACGUGAUAAAAAAGCGAAAUGUGGAUUCAAUGUGAUGCAGAAAUCAUUGUCUUCGCUUUGAGCGACAGCGCUGUCGAAGAUAAUGCGUUGUCUACAAUGGCAGUAGAAGUAGUAAUAAGAAAUGAGCAGUAAGCAAAUUAACCAAUUCCAUUUUCACGAUUCAAGAAUAAUCGAUUGUGAUUGGUCCAUUUACUUAUUGCUUAUUUCUUACUACUACUCCUACUGCCAUUGUAGAUGACAAUGACAUGAUUAUGCAACACGGGGCAGCAGAAUUUGUAUUUAUAAAUGCAAGCGCGCAGGAAGAUAUUAACUCGUUAAUUACAAACAUUAUUUCCGUUUCAUUGGCAUCAGCUAUAAGUCUUUCUCAUGCAUUCGAUUUGUGCGGUUAGAGAUUUUAUAUAUAUAUCUUAAAGUAAUUUGCAAGAAUUUGCAAUAAGCUAUCGCACUCAAUAUCGGCCAGUUCGCUAAACAGUUUCUCCCUUUUUUUUUCUCGUGUUUUCCUCCAUUUUUAUAUUUUCUUCGAUCAACGUUCGGCAUUAAUCGAGUAAAACUUUCUUCUACUAAAAUAACCGGCAAAUCAGUAAUCAAAAUUAAUCAAUCGUCACGUACAGGGAUUUGACGCAAAGUGUCCCAUUCGCGCACAUAUAGAUUAAGUCAAUUGAACACAACAUUCUUCUGUCAUCUUGCAAACGACCAUGUAAAAUUUUGAGUCAUUGAUUAAAGAAGAUUGGCAAGUGAUCAUGCGCAGAUGAGCUAUUACAGCAGUCGUGUGCUUGUAGAUUAAUCCAAACUGAACAAGAAAGUCCUCUAUCAUUUUUCAAAUAACCACAUAGACUUUUGAGUUAUUCAUUAAAGAAGAUUAGCGAACGACCGCGCGCGAUAACGCACCAAAAUGUCCUUUGAUUAAUAACUCAAAAUUUUGUGGAACUGUUUGCAAAAUGACAGAGAAAUUUUGUGUUUAGUUGAACCUGGUCUAUAUGUACACGAGAUAUAGGGCGCUUUGCGUGUCAGACACUCUGUAUAGAAUCACACAAGUUCAUCGAUUGAUGAGAUUAAUUAGUAAUCAAGCUUUGGAGUGACUAAUCACACACACUAAUUGAUAAUUAAUUUCGCCAAUCGAUUAAAUUAUUCGUGAUCACACAUACAUGACAAUUGACCCAUUAUAAUUGUUGAUUUGUGUUAGUCGAGAAAAAUUUUCAUCACUUUCAUUGCCCAAUACUGCCGCCGGUGAGCUUUUUUACAUAUAUUUUUCUAAAUACGAAUCACCUGGUCAAACACGCAUCGUGUCUUGUUUGCGUUCACGGAACAUCUUUUGAUGGUAGAACGAUAACAAGUAUAACAAACGUGGUGUCGCAAAAAGUGAUGCAAAAGUCUGAGCGCGCAUCUAUCUCUAGACAUUCUUACUAUUUCGGUCUGUAAAUACGAAUAUUUAAAUUUUACACAUAAGAAACACAUAUAUACUGUUAUUAUGCCAUUAUUAUAUAUUCCACGUUGAGAGUGAAAUAUUUACAAUGAAAAAAAUGGAAACAACAAGCUCAGAGUUGGAUAUAUAUCCAGACAUCGGUACCUUACAAGCGUCUAAAUAGAAACACGAACGCGGGGUAUAGUUUAGUACGAUCGACGUUUCGCUGCGGAUUAACACACAUUAUCAUUCCACGUGGUUCGACGUUCUUUUUCAAAUGUCGAUAACGAUUAACGAAGUUUCAGUCUUCCGGUCGCGACGUACUAUUGACGUCGGCCGAUAAACCGCCGUCAAACCGCCGCCGUCGUCGUCGUCAUCAUCAGAGUGUUAAAAUACAACGCGAGAACCGAAGCCGUACGUUUCGCCGCAUGGGUGCCUGGGUUGACGAUCGUUUCGCGGAGGAGGAGGCGGUCCCAAGUAAUCAAAGUACCAGUUGGACUUGGAGAAUCCGAGGCCACGAUUGCAAUGGUGGUGGACCAUUGCAUGGUCGAUCGGGUGCCGACUAUCAACCGCCAACAGACAGCUUCACGUCGAUUUGGUUGUCAGCAUCCCUGCUACCGUUGCGCCGUCAGUUCACCAGGCAGCUCUACGAGUGGCCUUGUUUACCGUUGUUUAAGUCAAGGACGAAACUAGAUCUCUGCUGAAUCGAUCAUUCCGUUGAGAACGAGAGGGCCGAUUUCCCGAGUUUUUGUUGUCGCGUGUGUGCUUAUCGUUUGUAUGUGUGCGUGUGCGUGCGUAUCGUACGGAAGCGGCGUCGAGGAGA